AUGCCUAUUUGGUUCCCAUUUCUUAUAUUCCUGGAUUUUUCUGUUCGCCGUAUGCAUGUAUUUGCAGCACAAGCAGCACCAUGUACUACCACCUCGACAAUCCGUGAGUUCAUAGCUGAUGAUGCCGACCCAUGUUUCUACUUUGAAUGUAUUUACGCCGGGCUCACCACUGGCAUUCGUCGUUCCUGCGCUCCAGGCUCAGGUGUACCGAGGGGAUUCAAAUCAACUGAAAACCCUUGUCGAUUAUUUAACCCAAACUGCAGGUUAUCCACUGAAAAUACACAGAGUUCUCUUCUCAUGCCUCCUGGAGUCAUACAAGGCACAGGAACCUCAAAUACAUUUCAACAAUCCGCGUCGAACACUUGGCAGCAGGGUUCUCCGCCUCAGGGAAGUUGGCAACCGGCUCAACCGACUAUGCAAUGGAGGAUGGUACCCUCCCCACCUGCGUGGGUCCAAAAUCCAGGUCCCCCAGCCUGUACACCGAGAACUAUACAUACGCGAUGGCCGGUUCCUGUUCCGGUCCCUGUUCCAUGCGGUGAUACAACGGUACAACCUGAUACCACAACUACGUCAUCAACCUUCCCUCCAGGCACAACCCCCGGGACUCCACCAGGUACGGUCAUUAAAAUUCUAUGUAGGACAUAA